CGCCUUUCCCGUUGAUCGUAAUGCUUAAAGUGAAAAAAAUCGUCACUGAGUCUUCACAUUCUCUCCCGCCAUUCAAUGAGGCGCGCUGCCACUCCUCCUCCCCCGCUCCAUCAACUGUCCGCCGCCGUUUCUACCGCCACGACCGCCACCAACACAUCCCCUGCCAUGUCUUCUCGACCUCCCUACCGCGGUGGCGGGUACGGACGCCACCGAGGCUACUCGUCGGAACGGCCAUACUCUGGCGGCAGAGGUCAAUUCGUCUCCGGUGAUUCUCAUUUUCAGUCUGUUCAGGAGUCCAACCUAGGGUUCCGGCAAGGAGAGAGAGGAGGCUAUGGGAACAAUGCUGGAUCUUAUACUGCACCUCGAAAUCCUAGACCUCCGUCUUUUGGUGGAAAUCAUCAAUUCCGACAGGCUCCGCCAUCCAGUCAGAGGCAUCAGUAUCGGGGACCUUAUCCUCAUACUCACUAUCAGCAGCCACCGUCGUUUAAUCAGAACCAAGGUGUUCGUAUGCCGCAGCAAUUUCGAACUCGGCCUCCAAAGCCGUUAGAUUUUCGCCAUUGGGAUUAUGCAAAGACACAACCUCCAUAUACUUGCGAGCGGUUUUCAAUUCUUUCAUACAACAUCUUAGCUGACUACCUUGCUAUGGAUCACAAGCAAAAGCUCUACCAUCAUAUUCCACAUUACAUGUUGGAUUGGGAGUGGAGAAAAAACCAUAUUUUAUUUGAGCUUGGAUUAUGGUCUACUGAUAUAAUGUGCUUUCAGGAGGUUGAUAGAUUCCAUGACUUAGAGGAAGCUCUGAAAGAUCGUGGGUUCAGUGGAAUUUGGAAGAUGCGUACUGGAAUUCCAGUUGAUGGCUGUGCAAUUUUCUGGCGUGUGUCAAGGUUCAAGCUUCUGCAAGAGGAGUUUAUUGAGUUCAAUAAGCUUGGACUACGGGACAAUGUUGCCCAGAUAUGUGUUCUGGAGCAGAGGACUCAAGAUAAUGGUGACAAUUCAGUUACUCAGCCGAUUAGCACAUCAAAUCCCAACAGAGUUGUAGUAUGUAAUAUACAUGUCCUGUAUAACCCUAGAAGAGGAGAAAUCAAGCUUGGCCAGGUCAGGGUUCUAUUGGAGAAGGCUCAUGCUAUUUCAAAAAUCUGGAACAAUGCUCCAAUCGUUCUCUGUGGGGAUUUUAAUUGUACACCAAAGAGUGCAUUGUACAACUUUAUUUCAGAACAGAAGCUAGAUUUGUCUGGAUUGGAUAGAGACAAGGUAUCGGGACAAUCUUCUGCUGAGAUUUUCCAACCUUCAUCACUCUAUCGUAAUCCUCGGUUCCAGAAUGCCAAUGGUUCAGUUCCCCUCCAGCAGAGGUCAGAAUCUAGUGAUUGUGAGACGAAGCCAGAUAGUUCUGUGUCUGACAUACAGAAGCAAGAUUGUUCACACAGCUGCAUGAAAAAUGAGAAUCUUGAAUCAGCGAAUAACAUUUUGUCUCCUGAUAGGUCUCACAUUGACAUUGAUGCGCUUGAUACUUCUUGUAACAAUCUCCAACUUGGAAUGAAGGGUACUACUCUACAUUCUGAAGGGCAAAAGGAAAGUCAGCAUAGUGCUUUGUUUGACCACAAAAAUGUAGGGGAAACAACUUUCUGUGAGAAGACAGAUAGCUUCAAUGAAUGUUCAGUCACAUGUGCUGAAGAUGAGUUUGCUGUUGGUCAUACCAGUAAAAGAAUUGGUGAACUAGUUUCUCCUCUAGGAACCGACCCUAAAGUACAUCUCAAUGAAACUGAGAAACGGCAGAUAGAAAAAGUUGGUCACUGUCGUUUAAACAAUACAUCUUCUACAGAUGGUUUCAAGGAUCACAAUUCUGCCAAGCAAAGCAAAGAUUCUGUCAAUACUAUUAUCUUAGAUGAUGUACAGCUUGAUUCUCGUACAGUUUUUUUGGAUCCAAAGAAUGUUUCUUCUACACCUUGCAAAAACUCCAUGGCUGACACUGCUAUAGACUCCUUUGACGUUGUAACUCUUGACCACUCAAUUGCUGAAGGUGAGAAGGAAAGCUCCUCUGCCAGGAAUAUUGAAGGUGGCCCAUCAUUGGGUUUGCCCAGGAUUGAACCUGUGGUGGAUGAGAGACCAGAGAUUUUAUCUUCAGAUGAGCAGGAUGUAGCCACAUUAAAUGGAAGCUUAACUGAGGAUGAUCGUACAUUUCUCUCAGCUCUGCAUGAUGUUGAAGAUCCUUUUUCAUUUGAGGUUCAGCAUUCUGGUAGUCAUCAAAGCUUGGUUGCACCACUUACUGGAUUUAAGAAUGAUUUGUUGCCAGGAUUGAAUACCAAGUCUCUUGAAGUCGAAAAUCUGAUUCAUGAUCGCUCAUUAUGGACUCCAAAGGAUAUAGAAACUGCUACUGGCAAUGCAGAUAGCACUCUAAUUGAACACUCUCUAAGACUUAGAAGCACAUAUACAGAAGCUGAGGAUCUUUCCGGGACCAGAGACUUGAAUGGGGAACCCCUGGCGACUAGUUACAAUAGGUGUUUUCUGGGCACUGUUGACUACAUAUGGCGUUCAGAAGGUCUUCAGACGGUUAAGGUGCUUGCCCCCAUAAGGAAACAAGUCAUGCAGCAGUUGACUCAGGGAUUUCCUACAAAGAAAUGGGGCAGCGAUCACAUUGCCUUAGCUACUGAAUUGGCAUUUGUAGGGAGUCGUGAAGAGUGAUAUUAUGGAUCCUAUGUGCAAAUGAUAAUAAGUAAAUAAAUAAUUUCCCUUAUAAUGGGAGGUCGUUUUAUUUGAGGAACCCAAUUUGUUCCAACAGCAUCAGUCUGCAGGUAUUGAUAAGUUGGAGGAGAUGACAGAGCAUAAGACAGUUGAGUUUUUAUUCCUAUAAUAAUUGUUAUUGUUUUAUUUAUAGAUGUAGCUUUUCAUCAUUGCUCAGUUUCAGGUUACUUUUUAGCUGAUGUUUUACUUCAUUAAUUAUUUGGCCUGGAUGAGCUAUGGAAGUUGCUGCGUUGCAGUUGAAUUUGUCUUUUUUAUAUUUAUAAAUUAGAUUGGAAUGGCCUCCCUUACUGAA